GUCAUCAUAGCGUUUGUCAAGUCGUUCCUCCAUGCUGUCUAGAGCAGUGUAGAUCUUGGAUGUGAUCAUGUCAACUUCUGCUGCUGUGUAAGGAAGUAACUCCACAGGUUUCUUGCCAUCGAUCCAAGGUCCUCUUAGCCUGUCGAUCGAUGCUGAUUUUGCCUGCAAAAAACUUUGAUUAGUAAUGUUCACAAUAUUCUUGUAAUGACCCAAGUUCUAGCCCAGCAGACUCAGCCCAUCGAAGCCCAAAACCAUUUCCAGAAGCCGAAGGUAUUUUGUUAUAAAUACCCACCUUUCCACUUUGGUUUCUCAAAAACUUCAGAAAAUAAAGAAGAGUGAGAGAGAGAGUGAACUAAGGAGAAGAAGUGUGAUCAUUUUGCAGUGAGUGGGUCGCCGGAGCUCGUCCCCGGAGCAAUCGUGCGCCGUGAUCACGGUCAGGUCGUCACCACCGAUAACCGCCCGAGGUAACGCCGGAAACCACAUGCCUUAAGUUUCAGUUUCGUUUCCGUUUAGUAAAUAGCCCAUAACUUCCUAACCACUGAUCAUCUCGUGCAUGCAAGACCACCAUCGUGUUCCUCUCGUCGAGACGAAGCCGUAGACACCAACCACGCCGCAAUCGGAGCCCGGACGAAGCCGCUAGAGCCUCCCGAAGUUUCGCCUCUGCGCGGGCGUGAAACGCAUGCGCCGUCGCCUUCCGCCGGAGCCACCGCGCAUUUCGGCCACUCGCCGCCGUCUCCGACCAACGUUCGCCGGAGCCGCCGUGACCGGCCACCCUCCGUUCGCCGCCGGGAAGCUGCCGCCGUGUCGCCGCCGCACCCUCGCCGUCGCCGGUGACUUUCUGGUAUGCCACCGCCCUCCGCCGUCGCCGCCGAUGACCGGCGCCGGUGACUCGCCGACGACUCGCCAACUCGGCUGAGUCGACCCGGUGAGUCAACUCGGUGACUCGGUUAACCGGUUGGUCUGACCGGUUUAUAUUGAUAUCGGUUCGGUUAGGGUAAACCGGUCGGUUAAGUCAAAAUUGAUUUCUGGUCAAGGGUUGACCGUAUUGACCUUUGACCAGCGAGUUGACCUUUCCAUAAACCUUGACCAGACCCCUUUGACUCGAUUUCUCGCCCUGGUUUCAGAUUUGGAGUCUAUUUGAGCAACUGGAGUUCAUAGAUACCACUUCUUCUUGUUGCUAAGGUGAGGGCUUCUCCGUUUAAAUCCCGAGCUAGUUUAGUACUACCAUUAUGGAAAGUUUAGUUUCGAAACAUGAUCCGUCUCUGUUUGAGAGUCUUGCUUGUUCAUUAUUGAUAUUGAUUGUUAAACCGGAAAUAGGAUAAUAGAGGAUUCAAUGGUUGAUUGAAAUGACUGAUGUUAAGAACUGUUAAAUAUAUAUAUAUAUAUAUAUAUGUAUAUAUGCUAGUCCAUGUGUUGAGAUUGCGGGGUGCAGAGGUGAUUUCACUAGGCCGCAUGUUUGAGAGAUCGCGGGGUAUGGAGAUAUCUGUACUAGGCCGUGUGUUUAGCGGGGUACAGAGACGUUUGUACUAGGCCGCUUUGUUUGAGAGAUCGCGGGGUACAGAGAUAUUUGUACUAGGUCGUGUGUUUAGCGGGGUAAAUAGACGUUUGUACUAGGCCGCUUUGUUUGUGGAGAUUGCGGGGGUACAGAGUGGACUACUGUACUUACGACGCUUAUAGAGUCAUAUAUAUUUAUAUCCUUAUAAGGAAAUGCGGUAUGCUAUCAUCGUAUUGGUUGUAGCAUGUCUAGUCCACUAGACAUAUGUUGAUUGUUUUGUGUGGUGUAAUAGACGCCGUGUUUGUUUCAUGCUAGAGCUAAGCCUACAUUUUAGUAGUGCUACGAACUCAGUCAGUGGUUUGUGGUUUAGCAUCCCCACACCUCACUGGGCCAUUCCCCUGUCGCUCACCCCUCCUUCUUUCCCCUUUCAGGUGAGACCGAUGAGCAUGAGUGAUUAUACCGGACCGGUGCUUUUGGGCUUUUACUAUUAUCAAGCUUUGGACUUCUAUCACUUUUAUCGCUUUAUCGCUUUUGGGCCUUUGGGCUCCUAUCCAUCGUUUAUGUUAUCUCGUAUUUCAGUCUUUCGGUUUAUGCCGUACUUUAUAUUUCGGAUGUUAUCGUUAUUGGGCCGUUAGGCCUUAUGGUAUCGUAUUGACUUUUAUAUUUAUAAACGGAGAUUUCAUUAACUAUUAUUUAUCGAACUGUUUUUAUUAUUUCGAAAGUGACGGGUGUCACAUUUUUGGUAUAAGAGCGGGGUUCCGUCCCGGCUCCGACCCGGGAUGGCGAUUUUGGAGACCUGGUUUUAUUCGGUUUUAUUCGAUUUUAACGGUUUUAUACCAUUUCAAAAUAUUUUCGGGGACUUGGGAAUUUUGAAAAUAAAAUAAAUAGCACCUUUCCGUUCAGUAUCACUCCUCUUUAAAUGUUGGUAUCAAGAGUUCAACAGAAGCUAACUUUUUCGCUUCCCCUUUCAGAUGCCGCCUAGGAAGAGAGUUGUUCGUACUCAGGCCGUCAGAGAUGCUAGAGAGGUUGAGGCUGAGGACGAGCAUGUCCAGCCCGCAGUUCCACAGCAGGCGGCUCCGCCUAUUGAUCAGGAUGCUUUGAGACAGAUGGUUCAGGAUGCGGCUAGGCAGGCUGCACAGGAAGCAGUCCAGCAAACUGCACAGGAGGCUGCCCGAGUAGCUGCUCAGGAGGUUGCCAGACAGAUGGCUGCAGUUCAGCAGGGUCAGCAGAUUCCGCAUGGUCCUCAGGUUCAGGUGCAGCAGGGUCCGCAGAUUCACAUGCAGCAGGCCCCACCUGUUCAGGUUCAGCAUGAUCACCAGGUUCCUCAUCAGCCGGCUCCAGCUCAGCAGUAUCCUCAGGUUCCCGUUCAGCCUGUUCCAGGAGUUUUUCAGGUUCCACCGCCACCACCUGCUUUCCCAGUUCAGGUGCCCGAGGUUGAUGAGACAUUUAUCAGGGUGUUGGGACAGAUGAAGUAUGUGAGUUUGGAGCAUUUCAGUGGGACGACGGAACCUACAGUUGCUCACGAUUGGAAGCACAGUUUGGAUAAGUGUUUGAAGACCAUCUCGUGCCCGCCAAGGCUCAAGCUUAACAUCGCUGAGCUUUAUUUGCGUGGAGAUGCAUCAAUCUGGUGGGAUAUAGUGAGAUUGAUGCACCGUGGCAAGCUGACAUAUGAUGAUUUUCUUUACGCAUUCAACAAGAAGUAUUUCCCGAGAGAAGCUUUGCAUGAGAAGAAGAAUGACUUCGAGCAUUUCAGGCAAGGAGCAAAGUCCGUGAGGGAGUAUGAGCGGGAGUUUAACCAACUCCGCAGAUUUGUGGGUAACACCAUUGAUGAGGAGGAUCUGAUCAGGAGGUUCUUAGAUGGGAUGCGAGUAGAGCUUCGUGGUAGAUGCAGUGUGGUUACCUACACCAGUUUGGAGGAUCUGGUAGAGAAGGCGGCUGUGCAGGAGAAGUGUAUGGUAGAGUUGCAGAAGUUCUCCAAAGCAGUUCAGCCUAAGGCCGGAGGGACUUCAGGGUCACAGAAGAGGACUUGGGAACAGAAUGGAGUACCCCAUUGUGGGCGUUGUCGUCGCCAGCAUUUUGGGGAAUAUAUCCAGUGCUUUAACUGUGGUCUGUUUGGGCAUAUCUCGAAGAAUUGUAGGAAGCCGCCACGUACUCAGGUUGCAGUGCCAGCAGCGGCAGUAGCACCAGCAGCGGCAGCGAGGAACUGUUACGGCUGCAACCAGCCAGGUCACAUUUACAGAGAUUGUCCAAGGAGGGGCAAUGCAGCGCUUCCACCACCACCGAAGCGUCCAGCCAUCGCUCCACGUGUGUUUGCGGUUGGAGAUCCCCAGGGAGCUGAGCCGAUAGCGGGAUCGGUUUCGGUUGGAGGAAAGUCCGCUUAUACCUUAUUCGACACGGGAGCAUCUCAUAGUUUUGUGAGUCCGCGCUUAGUCCAGUCUUGGUAUUUUCGGAGUGACUUUGAACCGAAGGCUAAGCAGAUUCAGACUGCCGGCACGGAGAAGUUGGGAGCAGUUGGCAUUCAUCACGAUGUACCAGUUAUUCUUGGAGGAGUUGAGCUGCUCGGAGAUUUGACGGAGUUGGAGAUGAGCUUAUACGAUGUUAUACUUGGGAUGGAUUGGUUGUCGCGACAUCGAGUAGUCUUGGAUUGUCCGAAGGCAAGAGUUAAUAUCCCUAGAGAAGAAGGAAAUAUCAUUUACGAGGGCAUUCAGACAAACCGGGAAAUUCCUAUCGUCUCCAUGUUGCGUGCAGAAGAAUUAUUGGAGGGUGGAGCAGAGGGAUUUUUGGCAACCAUUUCGAUGGUUAAGGAGGAUGGUAAACAGAAGCUGCAUGAUAUUCCAGUGGUCGCCGAGUACGAGGACGUUUUUGAGGCUUUAAAAGAGCCACCACCAGCUAGAGCGGACGUUCUUACGAUAGAAGUAGAGCCAGGAGCAACACCAGUUUCACGAGCUCCAUACCGUCUUGCACCAACAGAGAUGGCAGAGUUAAAGAAGCAGUUGGAGGAGCUAUCUGAUAAGGGGUUUAUCAGACCGAGUACGUCACCGUGGGGAGCACCAGUGUUGUUUGUGAAGAAGAAAGAUGGGAGUUUUAGACUUUGUAUCGACUAAAGAGGUCUGAACAAAGUGACCAUCAAGAAUAAGUACCCGCUCCCGCGUAUCGACGAGUUGUUAGACCAGUUGCAGGGAGGUUCAUGGUUCUCUGAGAUUGACUUGACAUCGGGAUACCACCAGAUUGCGAUAGCUGAGGGAGAUGUGCAGAAGACGGCAUUCCGUACACGUUAUGGACAUUACGAGUUUGUGGUGAUGCCAUUUGGGUUGACAAACGCACCGGCAGCAUUCAUGAAACUCAUGAAUGAUGUGUUUCGAGAGCACUUGGAUAAGUGUGUGAUCGUUUUCAUCGACGACAUCUUGGUUUAUUCUCGGAGUAGAGAAGAGCAUGCUGAGCAUUUGCAGAUUGUGUUGGGUAGGCUUCGGGAACAUCCGUUGUUUGCCAAGCUGAGUAAGUGUAGCUUUUGGCAGAGGAAGAUUGGAUUUUUGGGUCAUGUGGUUUCAGAAGCAGGAGUUGCCGUUGAUCAGGAGAAGAUUAUCGCCAUUUCAGAGUGGCCGACACCUAAGAGUGCGACGGAGAUCCGCAGUUUUCUCGGUUUGGCAGGCUACUACAGAAAGUAUGUCAAAAGUUUUGCUGGCAUUGCAAAGCCAAUGACACGGCUAACAGGAAAAGACCCCGAUUUUGAUUGGACAGAUGAAUGUUCGAGGAGUUUCACUGAGUUGAAGCGACAGCUGGCCCAUGCGCCAGUUUUGGUACUUCCGAGGCCAGGAAUACCAUAUGAGGUCUACACUGAUGCGUCAGGCACCGGAUUGGGAUGUGUACUGAUGCAGGAGGGACAGGUCAUUGCCUAUGCAUCAAGACAGUUGAGGCCUCACAAGGCCAAUUAUCCUACGCAUGAUUUGGAGUUGGCAGCAGUUGUAUUUGCAUUGAAGAUCUGGAGGUCAUAGUUAUAUGGAGAGAAAGUGAAGAUUUUCACGGACCACCAGAGUCUGAAAUACAUAUUUACGCAGGCAGACUUGAAUUUGAGGCAGCGAAGAUGGAUGGAGUUGUUAGCAGACUACAACUUGGAGAUCGCAUAUCAUCCGGGAAAAGCCAAUCAUGUGGCAGAUGCCUUGAGUAGGCGCAGAAGCGAUGUAUCGGGAACCAAAGAGGUUCAAGAGCUUACUGGGACAGUUGCUAGUCUCAAAUUGUGUGCAGUUACCGUGGAGGGAGAGACAGUUGGCGCUGAGGCUGUAGGGCAGGCAGAUUUACUGUGGAGGAUACGCAAAGCUCAGGAUAAUGAUGAAGCUUUGUGUAAGCAGAUCGAGAUGGAGAGUAUUGGUUAUCAUACAGCCUCCAGCGGGAUGUUCAUGUAUCGGAAGCGGGUUUGUGUGCCAGAUAAUGAGCCGUUAAGGAAGGAGAUCUUACGGCAAGCACACCACUCGAAUUUUUCUAUCCACCCAGGGAAUACGAAGAUGUACAUGGAUAUGAAGCGAUAUUACCAUUGGCCUGGUAUGAAGAGGGAUGUUGCUUCAUUUGUAUCUCAGUGUCAAACGUGUCAGAUGGUUAAGGCCGAGCAUCAGGUGCCUAUCGGAUUAUUACAGAUCCUACCUUUGCCAGAGUGGAAAUGGGACAUGGUAACCAUGGAUUUUGUGACGGGUUUGCCGACCACAUCAGGAGGAAAAAAUGCCAUAUGGGUGAUCGUGGAUAGACUUACCAAGUCAGCCCAUUUCCUAGCGAUUCAGAAGACAGACAAAGCUGAUUAGUUGGCACAGAUCUACAUUAGCGAGAUUGUGUGAUUGCACGGAGUUCCCGUGAGCAUUGUAUCGGAUCGGGAUGUAAAGUUCACAUCUGAGUUUUGGAGAGCCUUUCAGAAGGCACUUGGGACAAAAGUCCAUAUGAGCACGGCUUAUCACCCACAGACAGACGGUCAGUCAGAGAGGACUAUCCAGACGUUGGAGGAUAUGCUCAGGGCUUGCGUCUUAGAUUGGGAAGGUAGUUGGGUGAAGUAUUUACCUCUAGCCGAGUUUGCCUACAACAACGGUUAUCAUUCGAGUAUUGGGAUGGCACCAUAUGAGGCUCUAUAUGGUAGACCUUGUCGCACACCACUUUGUUGGACAGAAGUGGGGGAGCGACGUGAGAUAGAACCAGCCAUGAUUCAAGAGACGGUAGAGCAGGUUGAGAUGCUCAAGGUUCGGCUUAAGGAAGCCCAUGACCGUCAGAAGAGUUAUGCAGAUAAGCGGCGUAAGGAUUUAAAGUUCCAGGUUGGCGACCUGGUAUACCUGAAAAUGAGGACAUUUCAGGGAGGAUCUAAGACUCGAAAGCCAAAGAAGCUUAAGCCGAGAUAUAUGGGACCAUAUCCUAUUUUGGAGCGGAUUGGAGCAGUUGCCUACCGAUUGGAUUUAUCAGAAGAGUUAUCAGACUUCCAUGACGUGUUUCAUGUUUCGGUUUUGAGGAAAGUCGUGAGAGAACCGGAGCUCAUUAUGCAGCAACCGCCCAGUGACCUUGGUAGAAAUUUGCAUGCGCCGUGUCAGCCAGUAGAGUUAUUGGAUCGCCAAGUGAGAGUAGAUCAUGGUAUGAUGACCAUGUUGGUCAAAGUUCGUUGGGAGAGAGACGGUACUCAAGAGGAGACUUGGGAAUCAGAGGCCCAGAUGAGGAUUGAUUAUCCAGAGCUAUUUUCGGACGUCGUUGGAGAACCAGUUCGUGAUUCGAAUUCGGGGUCGAAUUCCUUAUUAGUUAGGGAGAGUUGUAAUGACCCAAGUUCUAGCCCAGCAGACUCAGCCCAUCGAAGCCCAAAACCAUUUCCAGAAGCCCAAGGUAUUUUGUUAUAAAUACCCACCUUUCCACUUUGGUUUCUCAAAAACUUCA